CCGAUAGUCAUGACGUUGUUGAACGUUGAACGUUCAAAGUGACUCUGCCCUCAAGCUCACUGCAGUCAAUGAGCAACAUUAGAUCUUCCACGCUCCUUAUAUUGUAUAACAAUUAGUAUCAUGGAGCAGGAGGCUACACUUCGAGUACUCAUCAAUCAAAUUGACUACACUGUGGCCUCCCCUGGCGCUCUCGACAACACAUCUCUCCCUCGAGUGCCUGUGAUACGUAUUUAUGGGGCGUCGUCUAAAGGAAAGAAAGCAUGUGUGCAUGUGCAUCAAGUGUACCCUUACUUUUUUGUCGAGUAUGGGGGUAAAUUGAGUCCCGACAAUGUGAACCAGUACAUCGCAAAGUUAUCUCGUUCUUUGAACCAUGCUAUCGCCAUCUCGAUGAAGCGCAAUCCACACUCGCGCAACUCACAGUUUGUUCGGGGUGUGAUUCUCGUCAAAGGCGUUCACUUCUAUGGAUUCCACUCGUCAUAUACGCCGUUCUUGAAGAUUCUUAUCGCGGACCCCGCAUUUGUCAACCGUGCUGUCACUAUAUUGCAGUCUGGAACUGUUAUGCGAACACGCUUUCGCGUUUACGAAAGCCAUUUGAGCUACAUCCUACAAUUCAUGUGCGAUUUUGGCCUCUAUGGAUGUGGUUGGAUCAAUCUCGCGGAAGUCUGGCAGCGAGGACAUGAAGAAAAUGACAUUGAGAUGAUGGAGCCAUCAAUGUUCGACGUAUCAUCAUACUUUCGCCAAUCCCGCAUGCCGCUGGAGGUUGAUGUCGCUGCUCAUCAAAUUCUGAACCGCCGUCUCCUGUCCGCACGCAACAUCCACCACACACUGGAAAUACCUUCACCGCCUUUACCUUCUGAACCGUUUGUCCUGAGUGUCCGUGAACUGUGGGAUGAUGAAAGACGUCGAAGGCUUGCCAAGGGCCUCCCUCCAACUCCCGUUCUUCCUAUUGAUUCAAGCAAGAUGUCGAGAGGCCGCGGGAACGAGUGGGUUGCGGAAGCGAGGUGGUGGGAGGAACUCAGAAAACGCAUUGAAAAGGAACGAGAUCCCGAGCCCACUUUCACAGGCGGUGCGGAACUUUGGGAGAAAUGGGUGAUGACCACUUUUGAGAGCGUGGAAGCCCUCUGGGAGGCUGAGUGGAGAACUUGGAAGCCAGCUCGUAAAGAAGCUACUGGUCAUAAUGGACAGAGCGCUCAUGGUUUGGAAGCCGAGGACCAGGAGAAUCCUUUUGCGCAAGCUACGCAAGAUGGGUCUUCGAUAAACCGGAAAGGACCACCGCAAAGUACGGAUGUCGAUGUCGACGAGAUGUUGCUUUCCACGCAGGAGAUGAGCCAGAUGAUGGACCGCGAAGACCAAGAAUGGGCGGACUUGCAGGCGGGAGACAGCAUUGCAGAGCCUGACGCUGCCGCAGAUGAUCCGUUGACUGAAGAUGGGCCUCCUCCAGACUUUGGGAUAGACGCGCCCAGUCCCUCUGGUGAGGUCGAAGAUCCCACUGGUACUGAUGGGGACGAAAGCAGACUCAGCUCUCCUUCGCCAGGCCUUUGCCGAACAAAUUCAUUCCGCCACUUAUGGCACAAUCUGGCAAUCCGUAAGCGAGCGAGGAGUCUUUCAGCAUCUUCAGACCUCCCAGCAACUCCUACCAAGAGAACGCGGUACACGAGUCACGAGGCCGCCCACCAUGCGACUACGCCAAUAAUGAAUGCGCUACCAUCAAUAGUUUCUACAAAGCCCCUAACACAGCGGGAAUCAUCCCCUGACUUAUCUGAUUCAUCCGAUAAUAGUGCCGGGCGCGAUUUUGAGGAGAACCUGUUCCAACCUCGAGAUGAACAGUCGAUUGAUGUAUCGGGAACGCCGAAGAGUUUACAGGACUCCAUGAGCCAUCAGGUUGAAUCGUCUGUGCUGCGCACCAAUGCAGUUGUGGGAGAUUUACGACGACACAACUCCGUUCAGCGGAAUGAAAGUUCUUUGCAGCUGACCUUGCCAAGAGCUUCAUUUUCAAGCCAUGUACCACCUACUUCAAGCCCAACUACUGCAUUCACAUUCGUUGUACCACCGCCAUCCUCCUCUGAACUUUUCAGGACCAUUGAGACAUAUGGUGUCCCUCGGAGGGUUUACCGUGAUCCUUAUUACUCCAAGCGCGCAGAUGCUCCAGAGCACCCAAGAGAAUAUGCGGGUCUACUAUAUCACCUCAAAGGUGGAGAGGGACUAGACACCCUGGACCAUUGGAAGUCUCAUGGAAGUCAGUUUCACACGGGAAGAGCUGUGCGUCCUGUGAAGGGCACAUAUAUGUCGUGGGGAUGGGAGUAUGCUGCCCUACCUCCGAGCAAGACUCGAGUGAUAAAAUGGCUGAAAGAAAACCCAGCUCGGUUGACCGCGAAGGCCAAGAUGCACUCUCAGAUUGAGGGCGGUACCCAAAUGAAUCCCUAUGGCGUGAAAUCAAUGCCACAUGUUCGAUCUGACUCCAACACCAGAGUAGCCCAGCACAUGUCCUUGUUUUCCCUGGAAGUAUUUGCUCCUUCGCAGGGUAACAAAGUACCUGACGCAAAUGUUGAUGGGAUUGUUGCAAUCUUCUUUGCUCUCGGGGAUGAUGAUAUUCAUUCAGUGUUUCACGAACGAGGCAUCCUGGCGGUCAAGAAUGCACAACUGGAUCCUCGUCGGAUACGCGGUUUCCCGUUGGAGAUUGUCGCUGACGAACUGGAGUUACUCAAUCGGAUCGUUGACAUUGUAGUCGAGUUCGAUCCAGAUAUAAUCGUCGGUUGGGACGUUCAAUCAGCAUCUUGGGGCUAUCUCAAUGCUCGAGGAAAUCACUAUGGGUUUGACAUCGGCGAGCUUAUAUCUCGAGCCCCUAGCAAGGAUCCUGCUGCAAGAAACGAUCUAUGGAGUCAGAGGACAACUACCACGUUCAAGGUCACUGGUCGCCAUGUGUUCAACGUCUGGAGAAUCAUGCGAGUUGAACAGACACUUUCCAUUUAUUCUUUCGAAAAUGUAGCCUUCCAGUUACUGCGUAGAAGGGUCCCUCGUUAUAUUCCCGAGGUCCUAACAACUUGGUAUAACAGUACAGAUCCUGUACACACUUCCCGCGUCCUCCGCUACUUCCUUGAACGGACGAUCAUGACGCUGGAAAUCCUCCAAGAAGCCGAAACAACUACAAAAAAUGCAGAGUUUGCACGCGUCUUUGGAGUCGACUUCUACUCUGUAAUCAGUAGAGGCUCACAAUUUAAAGUGGAGUCAUUCAUGUUCCGCAUCGCGAAGCCGGAGAGCUUCGUUCUCCUGUCUCCUAGCAAACAGGAUGUUGGAAAACAAAAUGCUGCAGAAUGCAUGCCUCUCAUCAUGGAACCCCUUUCCGCCUUUUACAAUGGACCCCUCGUCGUGCUCGACUUCCAAUCACUAUAUCCAUCGAUUAUGAUCGCUUACAAUUAUUGCUACUCAACCUGCCUCGGCAGAAUAAUGGACUUCCAGGGCCGUAACAAGUUUGGUGUCGUGGACCUCCAAAGACCACGUGGACUCCUGGAAAAGCUGCAAGACCAUAUCACAGUUGCGCCGAAUGGUAUUAUGUACGUGAAGCCUGAAGUGAGGAAGGGUUUACUUUCUCGCAUGCUCACGGAGCUGUUGGACACCCGAGUAAUGGUCAAACAGGCGAUGAAAGUUUCGAAAACUGAUGAGGCGCUCAGUCGAGUUCUGGACGCACGCCAGCUCAGUCUAAAAUAUAUCGCUAAUGUCACCUAUGGAUAUACGAGCGCCACAUACUCUGGCCGCAUGCCUGCUGUUGAAAUUGCAGACAGUAUUGUACAAAGCGGCAGGGAAACCUUAGAAAAGGCUAUAGAAGUCAUCGACAGCACUUCUAAAUGGGGAGCUAGAGUUGUUUACGGGGACACGGACUCACUUUUCAUAUACCUUCAAGGAAAGACAAAGGAACAGGCUUUCCACAUUGGCUAUGAUAUUGCGGAUACGGUUACGGCGAUGAACCCAGCACCCAUCAAACUGAAAUUUGAAAAGGUGUAUUUGCCAUGUGUAUUGAUGGCGAAGAAAAGAUAUGUUGGAUUCAAAUUUGAGAAUCCAGACGAAACUGCUCCGGCAUUCGAUGCGAAGGGGAUUGAAACUGUCCGUCGUGACGGGGUACCUGCGCAGUCAAAAAUGACAGAAACUUGUUUGAAAAUCUUGUUCCGUACCCAAGAUCUUAGUCAAGUGAAGGACUAUUGCUACGAGUCAUGGACGAAAAUUCUUCAAAACCAAGCGUCAAUACAAGAUUUUGUAUUUGCAAAAGAAGUCAAAAUGGGAACAUACUCUGAAAAGGCACCACCUCCGCCUGGUGUAGCUGUCGCCGCUCGAAGGAUGAUGGAAGACGAGAACGACGAGGUUCAAUAUGGCGACCGAAUUCCAUAUGUGAUCAUAAGAGGUGAACCCCAGACGCGGCUUGUGGACAGGGCGGUGUCCCCGGAAAAAUUAUUACAGAAUAAGCACAUGCAAUUAGAUGCUUCGUAUUACAUAUCCCGCGUUCUGAUCCCACCACUCGAACGUGUUUUCAACUUGGUGGGUGCUGACGUUAGAGCUUGGUUUGACGAUAUGCCGAAAGCCAUCCGAGUCAAUCAUCCAAAUCCUCUUGCGAUGUCUCCCAAAAAACAGAGGAUCACAGCAACUCGAUUCAAGAUAGAUGAACAUUUUCAGAGUUCCCAGUGUCUUGCAUGCGGCGGCUUGUCUUCAGACGGAAUCUGUGAAAUCUGUCGGAGAACACCCCAGGAAACAAUGCCUACCCUCCUUGAACAGAUACGAAAAGGAGAAGCCCGGCUCCUGGACGCACAUCGGGUGUGCGCGUCAUGUGCAUCCACUGCAAAUGCCGAGCCAAACGAAUGCAUUAACAUUGACUGCCCGUGGUUGUUUGAUCGAAAAAAAGCAGAAAGAAGGACGGAGUUUCUUGAGGGGCUAGAAGGAAUCAUGGAGGAUCUUGAAAUUUUAGAGGAUCACUAUGAAGGUACACCAGACUGAGACAUAUGUCCUUACUCGCGCUAUGCUCAUAGUUAAAAUGUCCUUUUCGCCUAUUGUCGGUUUUUUUAGUAUUGCCAGGCUCCAGCUGAGUCUUCAGUAUACAAUCUUUCA